GAGAUAAUUGGCAUGGUUGGAUCGCCAAAAACCUUCAACAGAAUUUUGAACUUUGUUAGCAUAAAGCUUCAAUGCCUAUCAUUACUAAAGCGUUGUUCUUCCAUGAAACAACUCCUCCAGAUUCAUUCCCAGCUCCAGAUCAACGGUUUUCACGAAGACGACGAUGUCAUCAACAAGAUCGUGACCUUCUGCUCCUUGGAACCUUCUGGAAGCCUAAACUAUGCUCAACUCCUAAUUCAGAACACCAAUACCUCCCUCAUCUUCCCAUGGAACACUCUAAUCAGAGGCCACGCCACACGCGGUUCUUCACGACAAGCUUUAACCGCCUUCUCCGUAAUGCGAGCUAUUACAUCCAUUCGACCCGACGAACUCACCUAUUCAUUCCUCUUCAAGGCAUGUGCUUCUCUUUCUGUAUCUACAGAAGGGAAAAUGAUUCAUGUCGAUGUCCUCAAAUAUGGUCUGGAUUCCGAAUUAUAUGUUCAGAAUAAUUUGAUUAACUUUUAUGGCCAAUGUCAACUGAUUAUGGAUGCACGUAAGGUGUUUGAUUCAAUGACUUAUAGAAGUAUUGUCUCGUGGAAUUCUAUCAUCUCUGUUUGUGUUGAUAAUUCGUGUUUCCGUGAAUCCAUUGAGCUUUCUUGUAAGAUGCAACGAUGUGGGUUCGAGCCUAACGAGACAACAGCGGUGGUUCUACUAUCCGCUAGUGGAGAGCUCGGGAAUUUGAGCUUUGGGAAAUGGAUUCAUUCCCAGGUUAUAACUAAGCAGCUCGAUAUGAAUUGUCAGCUAGGUACUUCUCUAGUUGAUAUGUACUCCAAGUGCGGGGACUUACACUACGCAGAACAGGUGUUCGAUACAAUGCCGAUAACAACAGUAUGGACAUGGAGUGCGUUGAUCAUGGGGCUAGCACAGCACGGACGAGGAAACGAAGCACUUAGAGUAUUCGAUAAAAUGAAGGAUGAAAGAGUACGCCCAAACGGAAUAACAUUCCUCGGCGUACUCUGUGCAUGCAGUCACGCGGGGUUGGUGGAAGAAGGGAUUCGUUAUUUCCAUGAAAUGGAGAAUUUUCACGGAAUAAAACCGUCGAUGAUGCAUCAUGGGGCCAUGGUCGAUGUCUUUUGCCGAGCCGGUCGAGUUAGAGAAGCCUAUGAUUUCGUGAGGAAGAAAAUGCAUGUAAUUAGACCAGAUGCGGUUGUGUGGAGGACUCUGCUGCAAGCCUGUAAUGUUCACGACGUCAACGACAGCAGCGGGAUAGGGAAGAAGGUGAAGAAGCGGUUGCUUAAAUUGGAGCCGAGAAGAGGCGGGAAUUUCGUGAUGAUGGCGAACAAAUGGGCCGAAGUUGGGAUGUGGGAAAAGGCGAAGCGAAUAAGGAAUAGAAUGUCCGAGAAAGGUUUGGAGAAGAUGUCUGGAACCAGUUUAAUCGAGAUAAACGGGUCUGCUCACAGGUUCUUUUCCGGGAAUAAUGGUCAAGUUUCUCAUCUCGGCAUCUGUAUUCUGUUAGAUUCAUUAGAAAUCCACAUGAAGUCAGAUGCUGUGCUUGGUUAACUAACAAUAAUGUUGAAUAAAUAAUCAAAAUUCUUUCUUUCCAUGUCCAUAUUGGCAAAAAAUUACAUGCGGGAUAUUAAUUGUUGAA